GCCGUUCUGUACCUGCCUGACUGACCCAUUUACGAAUCUCUGCCCGUCCUGUCCCCGAGCAUGCCUGCGGUUCUGUACCUUAUUGACUCUGCCCUGGAUUAUGUCCUUCUGCCUGCAUUUGACCUGUCUUCUGCCUGCAUCUGGAGGUCAUUAGCUGAGCUUAAAAUGGAAAGUGAAACCACUAGCCACUCAUAAAGACAUCUGACCUGCUCUCAGCAGUAGCACACACUUCAAACAAACAUGAGGACAGCAACGUUGAUCCUGUUUUGUGUCACAGUCUUCGGAGCUGGACUUGCUCAAUCCCCUGGUGGAAGAUCUGAGAAAUGUCUAUGCAGGGGGAAACUAAUGCAGUCUGUGAGGAUAAAACGCAUCCAGAAGUUAGAGAUGUACCCAAAUACUGUCUUCUGUGCAAAGACAGAACUGAUUGCCACAAUGAAGAAUGGUAAGAAAAAGUGUCUGAACCCAGAGGGCAAACUAGGAAAAAGAUUCCUGAUGAGAACAAGACUGGAGGUGCAACAGAAGCGAAAAGGAGGACUGGGAAGGAAGAACAAAAAUCCUUCUAAUCCCUGAGUUGGUACAGAAUUAGAAAAUAGAUUAAAGCCUCACACCUACAAGUGUGCAUUGGUCAAGCUGGAGACUUUCUCUGUCACUGCAGCCUGUCUGGAGGUGGUUCCUUCCUGGAGGAGGUGGUUCCUUACUGGAAUACGUUCAUAGUACACAAUGUGUCCAUGCAUUCCGUUCCCAUGUAAACAGGAGAACGGGCCAAGAUGUUGUCACAGAGACUUACCUCAAUGGUUCUCACAAUUGUUUAUGGAUAUUUGUUUUAAAUGUGUUCAUGACAGUGAAUGUUUGUGUGGGUUAUAUCACUACUUUAUUUACAGUAUGUGUCUAUGAUUAGCUUCAGAAUAUAAUGUAGCACGUUCUUGCUCUGGGGCAAUAGAUUUGUUACAAAUCACCCAUAUCAUAACAGCUGUUGUGUACUUGCAUUAAUCUUAUAGAUAUAAAUAUAUAUAUAGUUCUAUACUGAACACCCAAUAUAAAUGCAACAUGUCAAGUUUUGGUCCCAUGUUUCAUGAGCUGAAAUAAAAGAUUCCCAAAAAUU